CCCUUCUUUUUAAUUAACGAUAACCAGGUAGCCAUCGACCUCUUCGCCGAAGCCCCUCCUCCCCGUCUCCCCGCCUUUGGGGCUGGGUGAGAGGAGAGACGUAUUAUUUCUCCAUCAUGUCCCACAACCCCACCAUUCCUCCAUCACUCUCACCGCCCCCAACGGAGUUCAUACCGGAGCCCCGGCGGAUUCAGCCAGUGCCCACACCUACUCCAUCUCUGUACAAACAAAAAUCCUGGUCUCCGGACACUUAUCGUGAUGAGGCUUGGCAGCGGCGGAAGGGAAAUCACGACAUUCGCUGCAACCGUCGGAGUAAGAGCGUGACCGAGGAAGACCUUGAGGAACUCAAGGCUUGUAUUGAAUUGGGUUUCAGUUUUGACUCCCCAAAAAUGGACCAACGUUUGUCUGAUACUUUUCCGGCCUAUGGACUAUUUUAUGCUGUAAACAAGAAUUACAACGACACAGUUUCUAAGCAUAUCACUUUGGCAUCGCCUUUCUCUUCCACUGCCUCGGACUGCGACACGCCUUCCCCUCUUGACAGCCCUCAUAACAUCUUUGAUCCAGGUGAAAAUCCACAAACGGUGAAGACAAGAUUGAGACAGUGGGCACAAGUGGUUGCCUGUGCCGUUCGUCAAUCUUCAAGGUGAAUGAUGACGAUGAAUUGGAUACAGAUGAUGAAGAUGAUGAACAGCUUAGUAGAUGAAGUCUUUGUUGUUGUUCAACCAAAGGGUUUCAUGAUAGUUGAAAAAGUAACCAAAUUCCAACAAAUUUGGUGAAGUCAUGAUAGUUCUCCUAUUCAUGUUUCACAUUGAUUGACAUAAAUUAUCCAACACGUCCACCGACUGGAUUAAUUGCUCGCAUGCUUGCUUGGUAAUUUGGUUAUGUGUAGGAGUACUAAUAUACCGGUAGUGCCUCACCUAAUGGGAAAAGGAUCUUGGAAUUUCUUGAGGUGUUGACUUUAGCUACUAUUUGGGUGCUUGCUUUCCAUGAUUGGUGUUGUUGAAUCUGUAUUACAUUAAUGCUUUGCUUCGGCUUUUUUGCAUCUGCUUUACCUUUUCCCACUUGGGUUGAGGUACUAGAUUUCAUUUUGAUGUCUGCCCCAUGAUGAAUGAUGUGGGAAAAGAUGAUGCCCGUUCCUUUGUUUGAUUGAACAUACACAUCCUUUGUUUUGUUGAA